UUCAUAUGCCAUUAAAGGAAAUUAAAGAAAGUUUACAAACUUUCAGAGGAAAACUACGACGCGUUUUGUCUGUCUUAUAUGUUCACUUACCGUGAUUUUGAGAAAGGAACUUUGGGGCUGGCCUGGACCGGAGACUUGAAGAAUGCCGGGGGUGUGUGCGAGAAGAAUGGGCAUUACCGCGGAAGCAUGAAAUCAUUGAACACGGGAAUAAUUACUCUAUUAAAUUAUGGGAAACAUGUACCACCAGCUGUAUCACAUGUCACGCUGGCUCAUGAAAUCGGGCACAAUUUCGGAUCACCGCACGACCCCGAUGAAUGCUCUCCCGGCGGAGAAGACGGUAAUUUCAUAAUGUUUGCACGUGCGACUAGCGGCGACAAGAGAAAUAACAAUCGAUUCAGCCGGUGCAGUCUCAUAUCAAUAAAUCCCGUUUUGGACGUCAAAGCUCGUUCCACCAAAGGCUGCUUUGCUGAACACCAAAUAGCCAUUUGCGGUAAUGGGGUAGUUGAAGAGGGCGAGGAGUGUGACUGCGGAUGGGAAGAAGAUUGUAAUGAUCCAUGCUGUCAUCCUCAACGAUUACACCAUGCGCCGUUCGAAAUUCCCUGCCGCUUAACUGAGGACGCAGUUUGCAGUCCUAGUCAGGUGCAGAGAGCAUUGAACAUUAUCGGAGUGUUUGAAAUUCUGGAGAAUGAGGACACAGCGAUUAAUCUUGAGCGUGGGGAUAGAAUAGGAUGGAAUCGGGGUCCCUGCUGUACUACUGGAUGCUCGCUACGCAGUGGAACUAAAUGUCGAGAUGAUAAUGGCUGCAGAGAUGCGAGUUUCUGCGAUGGACGAGGCCCACAAUGUCCGCCCUCGGUUAACAAACCCAAUAAAACUAUUUGCAAUGAUGAGUUUGUCUGCUUUAUGGGGGAAUGCACUGGCAGCAUUUGUCUGGCUUACGGGCUCGAGUCCUGCCAGUGCAAGGCCGGAGCUAAUGAUCCGCUGACUAAAAGUUGCGAACUAUGCUGCAAACUCCCUGGAGAAAAUCAACCUUGCAUAUCAUCCUUCGAAUGGAAUUCUCCACCCUACGAAAUUCCUGACAUGAUGUCCAAGCCCGGUACUCCCUGCAACGACUACAACGGCUACUGUGAUAUAUUCCAACGUUGCCGUGAGGUAGAUCCAACGGGUCCAUUAGCGACGUUACGAAGACUGUUACUGUCUGAUGCAAGCUUAGAACGCUUCCAUAGAUGGAUGACCGACCGUUGGUACACUGUUGCCUUCAGUGUUAUUAUUAUCAUGACCGGAUUGGUAAUAAUGACUCGGUUACUAAGCAAGCAAUCCGAUACAAACAUGAAAAUAAUUUAUCUGAACGAAAGCAACAUCAAUAACAGUAAAAGUUUAGACGACAGCCGCAGAAAUAAUAAUUAUUUUAACGAAGUUAAAAUAUUCAAAUGUUUUACUAUUUUCAAGAAGCGGCUGCUAGAAAAAAUGAAAACGCUCGUUUCGCCGAGGAAGAAAGACAUCAACUCGUUAGAGUCACUGCAGUCUAUUUCCUCGGAGUUUGUUACUUAUAAUAAAUUUAAGAACAAUUAUUGUAGGAGCAAUAGUGGUGAUGAUGAUAAUAAUUUUUAUCUAAUAAGUUUGAUAAGUAAGUUUUAUAAUAAAAACAAGAAAAUUAGGAGGCAGAGAAAAUUGAUGAACAAUUUGGUGGCUGUAGAUAAUGGUAAGGUAACUAACACCCAAUUGUUGAGUGAUAAUAAUUACUAUUUGAUAAAUUAUAGAGAUAAUUUGGAUGUGAGAAACGGAACUGAUUUAGAAAAUUUACUACGACGAAGUUAG